AUGGGCUCUAUCAAGACUGAACUUGAAAGAGGCCUUAGACUUGGAAACCAGAAGGUUAUCAAAGCAGCUUAUGCUAAUAUUCAGAAAAAUGGGGAGUUUAGAAUCAAAUUUGAAUAUAACUGUGAAAAGAGAGCUAUCCAAGUCAGCCGGUCUAUAUCAUAUGAUGAUCUGGUGCAUUUGGUGAUACAACGUUACGGGAUGAAGCUCUUAAUGUUUUACACCCAACCCAAUGGAGAGUUUUACAUUCCAUUGGAGUGUCAAAAUGAUCUUGAUACUGCUAUCAAGUUAAUGGACCGUAGUGACCGCUCGUCCAGCCUGAGAAUCUUCCUUACCAAACCUGUGUCUGUGGACACGUCUGAUUAUGGAAGCAUCAGUGAAAGAUCUUUUGGGACUCGAGCAACCUGUCUAUUUGAUCCUUGCUAUGAUCGAAAUUCCCCCAGUCCACCUCCAGGUUCAUUGCCUCCACAUGAGAAACACCUCAGGCCUAGCACCUCUUACACUAUAACAGGAGAAGGAAAGUUCAUUCCUGAGCCAUUACAUCAAGAUGAGUCAAUUGGUUAUAUUCCUCUGAAGCUUGCAUGUAGUCCUGAUGGUUCAAUUGCUGGCAGUACCUCAUCAUUGGAUAGUAGCUACAUAAGUUGUCAUGGAGAAUCGUAUGGUUUUAGGAAUCCUACAAGACGAGACUCUCGGAGGAGCAUUCUCUCAGAUACGACAAAGGAGGAAAUGCUGCCUGGAAAUAAAGGCAGAAGUUUUGGAACAUUUCCACGUGGUUAUGAAACAGGAACACAUAUGGCUGAUAUUGAACGCCAUCGAACUUUUCCUCGUUCAAACAACCGUCGAACUGAAUUGUCCGCUGGCUCUGUACAGACAUUACUCUCUCGAGGUAGUGAGGGCACUCUCAGCAGUACUCGCAGCACCAGCAGCAGCAGUAGUGGAUUACCCCCAGAUCCAGACUUAGAUUCUCCAGAAGGCAGAAUGUUAAUGAAACGAAACAGUGACAUGGACAGUCCCAGUUUUGGAUUUUCUGAUGUGCAUUAUUCUAAAUCCCCACGAGCUCCAACCAACUGGAAAAAAGGACGCUUGUUGGGUCCGGGUGCAUUUGGAGAAGUGUAUCUUUGUUAUGAUGAAGAUACAGGGCGGGAACUUGCUGUAAAGCAAGUACAAAUCUCUACAGAAACUGCAGAGGUAUCCAAAGAAGUUCGUGCUUUAGAGAAUGAAAUUCAACUUCUUCGUAAUUUCCAACAUGAAAGAAUUGUUCAGUAUUUUGGCUGUGUUCAAGGUACAGUGCUGUCUAUCUUUAUGCAGUACAUGCCUGGGGGUUCGGUAAAACAACAACUGCAGAAUUAUGGACCACUUAAUUUAAACUUGGCCCGCAAAUAUACUAGACAGGUUCUGGAAGGAUUGGCUUAUUUACAUAAAAAUGUUAUUGUACACAGAGAUAUCAAAUGUGCUAAUAUUUUGCGAGAUGUACAAGGAAAUGUGAAACUUGGUGAUUUUGGAGCUUCAAAACGUCUGCAAACAAUUUGUAGCAUAUCUGGGCUGAAAACUGUGAUUGGAACUCCCCAUUGGAUGGCACCAGAAGUUAUCAAUGGAGAAGGUUAUUGUCGAAAAGCAGACAUCUGGAGCGUCGGUUGCACAAUUGUUGAAAUGUUAACAAUGAAACCCCCUUGGCCAGAUCUUGAGACAAUGGCAGCUAUCUAUAAGAUUGCCACCUCUGAACAUCCAAAAUAUGAACUGCCCCCUAAUGUCACAGAAAUUGCCAGAGACACUAUUCGGAGCUGUUUCCGAAGAAAUUCGCGAGAGCGACCCACAGCUGAGGACUUGUUACGCCAUAGAUUUAUAAAUGAGAAUACAUAA